UGAGCACUGGCUUUUAGAGCAUGGUUAACAGAUACCCAAAGGACAGCUCUUCUCUGAGCUUUUUUUAAUUGCUCAUUCAAACUCAUAAUUAAAUGUGGUAUCUUUUUUUUUUUAAGUGCUAUUUGUUUGUGAUUUAAAAAUGUUCUAGACACUGAAAACUAAAAUUAAUAUAACAUAUUUAAUUCGCUAUUUUACUCAUGUAAAGUCACUGGCGUUUCAUGGGCCUUGAAACAGAUAACAAGUGCAGACCUAGAGCCUGGUACUAGCAACAGAAUUUGCAUUAUCUAAGCUGUUAUCUAAUUGGAGAUUCCACCUCCCUCAUGGACCUAAUUGGAAAAAAAAAAAAACCACACAAGAGGCAUAUGAGAUGUUAAUUAUAUCGCCUUGUGCCCUGGAACGUGCGGAGCCUGUUGGGAAGCACAUCUGGCAGAGGUUCCAGCUGGGCCAGGGGAACAGUGCUGCUCCUCUGUAGAAAGACCUGAGACACCCUUAAGAACUGAGAAUCUGACUAAUUUAAACAGAUGGCUAAUCCCAGUGCUGUCUGCAAUGGACACCUACAUCAUCACCAUCAGAAACAGAAUAACCUCUUAAAAAGUGGAAUCUAUAAGAAAAAUGGAAUUACUAAAGGAAUGAAGAAGAAUGGCGUGUCCAAUGGAACUCUCUACAAAAAGACAUUUAUUGAGCACUUUGAACAGGCACCAAUGUAUGUCGCAGUUUUUACUUUCGUGGGUUUUGCAGUGGGAACAAUAUUUGGCUACCUGCGAGAUUUUAUGAGAGCCUGGGGACUAGAAAAACGUAACGUUGCUGCAGAGAGAGAACAACAAAAAGACUUUGUGCCACUUUAUCAAGACUUUGAGAACUUUUACACCAGAAACCUCUAUAUGAGAAUACGGGAUAACUGGAACCGGCCAAUUUGCAGUGUCCCUGGGCCACAGUUUGACCUCAUGGAACGUGUUACAGAUGAUUACAACUGGACAUUUAGGUUUACAGGAAGGACUAUCAAGAACGUAAUCAAUAUGGGUUCUUAUAACUACCUCGGCUUCGCAGAAACAGAUGUUAAUGCUUUGAAAACUGUGACCAGAGAGUUAGAAAAGUAUGGGACAGGAGUCUGCAGUACCAGACAAGAAAUGGGCACCCUAGACAAACAUGUAGAACUAGAGAAACUUGUGGCCACGUUCCUUGGUGUGGAAGAUGCCAUGGUGUUUGGCAUGGGCUUUGCCACUAACUCGAUGAAUAUUCCAGCCCUUGUUGGAAAGGGCUGCCUCAUUUUAAGUGAUGAGUUGAACCACACUUCUCUCGUUCUGGGCGCGAGGCUUUCAGGUGCCACCAUUAGAAUCUUCAAGCAUAAUAAUAUGCAGAGCCUCGAGAAGUUGCUGAGGGAUGCAAUAAUAUAUGGGCAGCCUCGCACCCACAGAGCAUGGAGAAAAAUUAUCAUCCUCGUGGAGGGCAUUUACAGCAUGGAAGGGUCCAUCGUGCGCCUGCCGGAGAUAGUCUCCUUGAAGAACAAAUACAAAGCCUACCUCUACUUGGACGAAGCUCACAGCAUCGGCGCAGUGGGAGCAACGGGCCGAGGCGUCGUGGAGUACUUCGGGAUGAGCCCCGAUGACGUUGAUGUAUUAAUGGGAACGUUCACGAAGAGCUUUGGUGCAGCUGGAGGAUACAUAGCUGGCAAAAAGGGCCUUGUGGACUUUUUACGAGCUCAUUCUCACAGCGCUGUGUACGCCACGUCCAUGUGUCCACCCGUAGCGGAGCAAAUCAUCAGGGCAAUGAAAUGUCUCAUGGGACUAGAUGGCACAACACAAGGGCUCCAAAGAGUGCGCCAGCUGGAGAAAAACACAAGGUACUUCAGACGAAAACUGCAUGAAAUGGGCUUCAUCAUUUAUGGCAAUGAUGAUUCUCCUGUUGUCCCCUUGCUCCUUUAUAUGCCUGGUAAAAUAGGGGCUUUUGCAAGACGCAUGUUAGAAAAAAAUAUCGGGGUGGUCGUGGUUGGGUUUCCAGCUACUCCUAUCACAGAAUCCAGGGCUCGGUUUUGUGUGUCAGCUGCACAUACACGGGAGAUGUUAGACACGGUUUUGAAUGCUCUGGAUGAAUUGGGUGAUUUUCUACAACUGAAAUAUUCCCGGUAUUCCAAGUCAUCUCAUCCUGAACUGUAUGAAGAAACUAGGCUUGAACUUGAAGAUUAAGUUUUCCACCUCUGAAGAGAACAUUAUGAUGCUAUGAAAGGGCGGAAAACCCGAAAACUGAAAAACACGAAUGCAUUUCUUCCCUUCUAAGGACAAUUUUUAUUUCUCAGUUAAUUGAAAGGAGGGGAAGCUCGGGUGUUGCAUCUUGUUGUAUCAGAUUUCUGUAUUCAAGAGACUGAAAUAUUGAUACAGAUUUGUCUCCCCAGGAGAUCUGUCCUUCCUACGGUGUUUUUGAUGCAGGAUGAAUGCAUCCAUUUUUCGAGUUGCUAAAGUACAGCUUUUGGUAUGGCCCCUUUUUAUGAAGAGGCUCCAGAUAGUCUUAAUUUUGACUGAAAUAAUAAAGUUUAACAAAAAAAAUGAAUAGGUUCCAGUGUAAUAUAGCUGAGCUCCAUCAGUGAGACUGACUUUUAUCUGUUAAAGGGCAUAAAUCAAGACCUCGGCGUGGACUGCUACAGAGGAAUGAGCAGAAAGUGAUCUCUUUUACUAAGUUGCACUAUCAUGCAUUUCUCCAGUGGACAGAAAAUGUUAGAAAAAGGUUAGUGCUGAGAACAAGAAAAGUAGCCUGGUCAGAUCGUCUGUUUCUGAUGGCAGAUUAUGGGAAAGGGAAAAUGCCUCUGCCCAUCCACAGACCUUUUCUCAGCCACUGAAAUGCACUCUAAGCUUUGAAUUGUACAGAAAUUUGGGCUUAGACAUGAACAGAAAUGCUUUUGUGCCAACACAUUUGACCUACAACCUAUCCCAUCUUCUCCCAGUGUAAGUUCUUUGUCAGGGCUUGCUCCCUUUUCAUGGAGAGUAGUAAAUAAUUUUAAUAACCGUUUAACUUUCCCGUAAAAACCUUGAUCAAAACAGUCAGAUACUUGCAGUUCACAAACUGCAGAUGACAUUUAUGGGCCCAUUCCUAAGUUUCUUGAACUACUUAUGGGCCUAAUAAAUUCACUAACAAGUGCAUAAUGCUGAAGCUGUUAGUUAUGCAGAAUGUGAAGUUCAAUACCAUGAGCAGUUCUGCCACCUGUUAAAGAGAAAACUCCACCAUUUCUAUGUGUUCUGAAGUCAUCCAUGUAAUAACAUUUCUUGAAAUAUUCUUGUCUGUUUCAUGCAUGUCAGGGGUUGUUUUUAUUUCAGUUUUUUGACUCGUUUGUUCUUCAAAUAAUUGUUCUGUCAUCAGAGGGGGAAGAUAUGCUUGUCCUCUUGUCCCCUGCCUGAGUGACAAUGCUCAAAGCCACCUGAAGGAGUUGUUGCAGCCAGCCUGUAAUGCCACAGCAGCAUUAUCCUCAGGUUUGUGUGGGCUGAGUUGCUGGAAGGAGGUUGGAGGCUUUUUCCCUUUUUUUUUUUUUUUUUUCAGCGUUGAAAAGCAGUUCUGCAGCUUUAAGAAUGAACUCCAAACAAUUCCACGCUAUCAAAUGUCAUUGUAAACACAUCAGAUGAGAGAUGUUUAGCUUUCUGUUGCACAGAUGUACCACACUUUCAUGUUCUCUUGAAAGCUGUGGUGUAAACUUAACCCACAGCUGCAAUAUUAGAUUUAAGAACAGAACAAUUAAAUUGUGGAGUACCAAUUACACUAUAUUACUCCCUGCUUGUUAAAGCAGCUUUCAGGAUAUAACAUGGCUGACUGAUUAUGAGGGCCCAUUUUUUGUUGGAUUUUUGUUGUUGUUGUUGUGCAAGUUAAUAAAAAUCCAGUGGUGCUAUAACUUUAAGAAUUGAUUACAACACAUUCCAUAAUAUCAAGUGUCGGCUUUAGGAAACGUAUAUCAAGGGCUGGGGGAGGACUAAAUGGUGUGUCAUAUGAUUCUUCACUUUAGUAGACUUGAAAAAUGUUGCAGAGGUUCAGGGGAGCUGUAUUUGUGGAUAAGAGCAAACCCACUGUAUAAAUAAUUAAAUACUCAAGCACAGGACAAGGAGAAAUUAGGAGACGUGAACUUUGAGUAACCUGGCAGUUUGUGCUGUACAGCUUUGUUACAUGCAGGGCGAGUGCACUUAAAACUGUGAAGGAGAUGGGAUGAGAAAUUUCUGCAACCUGCUCCUGGAGGAAAAGCACUGAACUUGAUCUAUUGCUUUUUGAUCUCUAUUGCUGAACAUCUGUGGCCAGAUCCUCAGUUGACUUCUGACCUGCCAUCUUGUGGUAUAGGGCCGUAGUUUAUA